AUGAGUGAUAUUAGAAAAGCACAUGAUAAUUACACUACACAAACAAUUCUUAAAAGAAUUCAAGAAGAAAGUGACCGUACUGGAGAAAGUUAUGAGACAAUCAAACAGUCAACUGAUAGAAUAAAAUCAUCAUUAAACACUCAAAAUGAUAUUUCAGAAACACUUAACAGUUCUAAAAGACAAUUAUUUUUUAUGAAAAUAACAGCAAAUGCAGAGGAUUUAUUUUUCAAAUCAGGUCUGUUAUUUUAUGUUUUAGUGAUACUUUAUAUCAUAGUUUCAAGAACUAUAGUUUCAUGGUUCUUUUCUUAUUAA